AAAAGAGCUUAUAUCACACAUCAAACCUUAUACCGUCCUAAACGAAUAACAAAAUGGUGGUUUGUUCGUCGCCUGCGUCCUCCGUCUUCUUCUUCUUUCCCAGCACUUCUCGUCCCUCAUACUGUCCUAAACUCAAACCUCCACGACCCAAGAUCUCUCCCUUUAGUUGGGCUAUCUUGAGGAAAGAUAGUUCGUCUCCGGCACUUGCCCACCCGGAAGCACCGAGGGGAAGCGAUGUCGCUGAGCCACUUGCAUCUGACUCGUUUUGCUCCCGCAUAUCUUGCUCCUGCACAAGAAGGCAAUUCAUUCAAGCAGCUGCAGCAACGGCUUUGUUCCCACUAUGCCCCUCCAACGCCUCCAAUUCACAGUCUGAUUAUAUGGGUGUGUUGAACAAGGUUCACCCUCCGAGACCGGAUUGGUACGAGGAAUUCUAUGCAUCAGUUAUGGAGACAAGCAUGAAAUCCUAUGAAGCCGAGAUUGCAGGUUACAAGUCGCAGUUGUUUAGUAAUUUGAAGGGGAAGGCCCAGAAAAUAUUGGAGAUUGGGAUUGGCACAGGCCCUAAUCUCAAGUAUUAUGUUGGUGAUGGUAGUAAUUUCCGGGUUUUUGGUGUGGAUCCCAACAGAAAGAUGGCAAAGUAUGCUCAGGCAGCGGCAGUGGCUGUUGGCCUGCCGCUUGCUAAUUUUCAGUUUAUACAAGCGGUUGGGGAGGCUAUACCAUUAAGUGAUGCUUCUGUUGAUGCAGUUGUUGGAACACUUGUCUUGUGUUCUGUUAAAGAUGUUGAUAUGACCCUAAAAGAGGUGAAGAGGGUGCUGAGGCCUGGUGGACUUUACCUUUUUGUGGAACAUGUAGCUGCAAAAGAUGGAACAGUUCUUAGAUAUAUACAGAGUGUUUUUGAUCCUUUGCAACAGAUAGUUUCUGAUGGGUGUCACCUUACCAGGGAAACAGGAAUGCAAAUAUCUGAAGCUGGGUUUUCUGGUGUUGAGCUUAGCAUGGCUUUCUUGUCCAACGCCUCUUUUAUAAGUCCCCAUGUAUAUGGGAUAGCUUACAAGUAACACUGAGAGAAAGUAGUUGGGUGCUCAAGGACAAAAGCAGGCUCAAGUAUGAAAAUAUGAUUAAAGAUUUGUAGGAUAAAUGGUAACAUGUAAUUCAUUCUUUGUAAGGGCUCUUUUCUUUUUCUUGAUAUGUGCAAUUUUUAAUCACACUUUUUAGCCGAAGAUAUUCUCUUAAUAAGAUUUGAUAGCCUGGUGUAUAGGUUUGAUUUUGUGCCAACUGCAGAUUGAAAAUCGAAGUUGUAAAUACUAAAUAGACAAUUGUGUGUA